AUGAAGACUAGUUAUCUAAUAUUGAUUUUACAUUAAAAUCAAGAAUAUUGUUGUAUUAACAUUUUUUAGAUUUAUUUAAAAUAACACACACAUAAUGAAUCANCUAUUCAUAAUUAUCUUUUAUAAAAGUACUAUAAUUAAUAUUAUUCAGAUUCCCCAAUAAAUAAGAUAUUUUAUUAAGCAUUUUAGACAUUAAAAUUUAAUCAGUCCAAGAAUUACUUUUCAAUUCAUUUUUUAUUAAUUACUUUGGAGAAAGUAACUUUUUUGUUUUCUUAAAUGCUUAACCCUAUGAAAAAUUAAACUUUAUCUCUUCUAAUACAUAAUUAAAUUUGCUUGAAACUUUCAAUACUAUUAGAUCAAGUAUGAUGGAUUCUUCAGAUGAAUCAGAUGAUUUCUAAUAAAAUAAUCAGUUUAAUUUUUGUCAUUCCUAAUUUGAAGAUUCUCCAAUGCUUUCUCCUAAAAUAAAGCCUAAACAUCAAUCAAGAUUAUCAAGUAGAUAAGUUGUAUUAGAAACUUUAUUAAAUGAAUAAAUAAUUACACCACAAUAGUUCUAACAGUUUUAUAAAGAAGAAGAUUUUUAAAAUGAAUAAGAAAUUAAUGAAUUUAGUGAAAUGCUCUCUAAGGAAAUUGAAAAUUCUUAAUUAACAACACCUAUUUAAAGUGAUGUAAGUAUAUUAUUUAUUAUUAGUCUACUGCUACAUGUCCUAAUACAGUCAUUAUUCACUCUAGAAAAAAUGUAGUCAAUCGAAUUAGUGAUAUAAUACUUGAAGCAUAAUAGGAAUUUAUUUAAGCUACAAAAAAACCCUAUAAUGUUAAUAAAGUCUAGAAUGUAAGAAAGAAUCUAUUCAAUUUACAUUGA